AUUGAUACAACUUGUGACAGAGAUCCGUCACUACAAUUUCUGAACCUCUUGUUUCUAAUUUUCUUUGGUAUUCUUCUCUCUAUAAAGCCUAACUGUACUCCUGCUUGCUUUCUCAGAAGGAAGAGAAACAACUACUUAGAACCAAAUGGCUUCAAUUUGUUGGGCUCUACUACUCUUUCUUGCAAUGUUUUCGGCACUAGCCACCUCCGACACCCAUAGCGACGAUAACCUCACUCUCCGAUGCCAUCCAGACCAGGCUGCAAGCCUCCUCCUGCUAAAGCGAUCCUUCUCUUUCUUCCGUUACCCCAGUGGCCUUGAGUCAUGGCAGGAUGACACCGACUGUUGUCUUUGGGAAGGUGUUGGCUGCCGCAACUCCUCGGGGUAUGUCACCGCUCUGGAGCUAAGUAAUCGUGGCUUGUACAGUCAAGGCCUUGACCCCGCAAUCUUCAACCUCACCUCGCUCCAACUACUCGACCUUAGCAUGAACAAUUUUGGCCAGUGCAAUCUCCCGGCGACCGGGUUUGAGAGGCUCUCCUUGCUCACACACCUCAACCUCUCCAAUUCGGGCUUCCAAGGCCAGAUACCUAUUGGCAUCGGCAAACUUGCCAACCUUAUCUCCUUGGAUCUUUCUGUUCUCUAUUAUAUGGCUUCUGAUGAUUCUCUUAAUGGCUAUGGCACCAGCAUUCCUGGCGUUACUAGUUGGCUAUGGCUGCAGGAACCCAACUUUCAGAUCCUAGUUGGCAACCUCAACAAUCUGAGAGAGCUCUACCUUGAUGGAGUGGAUAUGUCUACCAGUGCAGAUGAUUGGUGUGAUGCAUUUGCUGAUUCUCUUCCGAAUCUCCGAGUUCUCAGCUUGAGAUAUUGUAAUCUUGUUGGUCCUAUUUGCCCCUCCCUGUCGACCCUGCACUCCCUAGCUGUGAUCAGUCUCCAAGAUAACUUUGAUACGUCUGUCACCUCCUCGGGAGAUGCUCAUGGAUUCUCACAAUUUAAGUUUUCUUCAGCUUGCUUGGAAAAAUAUCCAACGCUUGUGCCCUAGUAGAAUCUUCCAAUAAAAAAAACUAAGGUCCUUGAUUUGUUGGGACAUGGUAUGUUAGAUUAUGUGCCAAUAUUUUCCAUCUAAUUAAAGUGAACUGCAUGUUUUCCUGGAAGGGUGCUAUCCCUGAGGUACUCAGAUGUAAUACGACUUGUACAUAUAUUACUUUCACUCUGAAGUUCACAUAUGUUCCGUGUCGUAGAAUGCAUAUAUGCAGUUGUAUCAUGUCUUGAGCCUUACGACGGCUUAUCUGUAGGAGUAUGUGAUGUUGUUUGGCCUAGAUGGCUAGAUGUACUAGCUCUGGAACAUAAGCAUGAUGAUGUAAUUCGUUAAUUGUUUCAGGUACUAUUGCGACAUGAAUGCAAACAGUCAUAUUGCAGAGUUCUUAUU